AUGGGUCGCAAGAAGAAGAAGUUGUCAAAACCAUGGUGCUGGUAUUGCAAUCGAGAGUUUGAAGAUGAGAAAAUCCUUAUUCAACACCAAAAAGCUAAACAUUUUAAAUGUCACAUAUGCCAUAAAAAAUUAUAUACUGGUCCAGGCCUCUCGAUACAUUGCAUGCAGGUUCAUAAGGAAACGAUAGAUAAGGUUCCUAAUUCAUUGCCAAAUCGUUCCAAUGUUGAUAUUGAAAUAUAUGGGAUGGAAGGAAUACCAGCAGCAGAUGUUCGAGAACAUGAGAGACAAAAACAAGGAAGUAGGCCAGCAAAUGAUUCUGGUUCUGAUGAUGAUGAACCUGCAGUUAAACGGCCAAAACCAGAGGGUCUCUUAGGCACUGCUCCAGGAGUUAUGCAAGGAAUGCCUAAUAUGGUGCCAGGAAUGAUGCCACCUCCAGGAAUGCCACCAGGUAUGCCUAUGGGUCCAAUGAUGCAAAUGGGACCUAUGGGACCACAUUUCAUGCCACAUCCAGGUAUGCAAAUGAUGCCUCCCCAUAUGCAACAAAUGAUGCAAGGUCAAGGUGGCCCUCCAAAGCCCCUGUUCCCCAGCGCUAUUCCUACCUCAUCACCUGGUGCACCUGGUACCCCAGUAGUUGGAGCAGAUUUUAAGCCCAUAUCAUCAGCUGCAACAAUAAGUGCACCUCCAACAACAAAUACCCCAGGGGGUAGUAGUAAUAGUACAGAUGUUAAAGCAUCCACGAUAGCUACAUCUAGUGCUACUAGUAAAAUUAUACAUCCUUCCGAGGAUACGUCACUAGAAGAGUUGAGAGCUAGAAAUCCAAAAUAUGCUAGAAAUAUGUCCAAAUCAGAUGAUGGUGCUUCAAGUUCCAGCACUGCUGCAUCAGAGUUGGCGAUAGCAGUGUCUGCAGCGCAACAGGCGGCAGCUCAACAGAAACAUGUUGAUGCGAUGAACCACCAUGCGGCCAUGAUGCAAAGGUUUCCCGUUCGGGUAACAGGUCCUCCAAUCGGUAUGACGAUGGGAGGACCUAUCAUGGCGCCCAUGAGACACCAGAUGAUACCUGGCCCACCUACGCUUAUUGGAGGACCCCUCAUGAGGCCACCGCCUCUCUCUAUGCCUCCAGGUAUGAUCGGAAUGCCGCCUGGUAUGAUGUAUGGUGCCCAUAUGUUCCCCGCGGGACCAGUGCUUAUGCAGCCACGUUUUAGAUGA